AUGAGCGACUUGAGAGAACGUCUCGCGCGAUUGGGACUGUCCCAAUACCACGAAGUGUUCACGGCCGAAGGCUUCGACACUUGGGAGACUGUGCUCGACAUUACAGAAUCCGACUUAAGUUCCCUGAACGUCAAGCUUGGACAUCGUCGGAAACUUCAACGGGCCAUUGCCGAAUCGCGCGGACAGUCUUCUGAUCGGCCCCUACCCAUCAGUCUUACACGAGCUGGAAGUACUGCCGGCUCAUAUCGCAGUGACGACUCAGGACCAGAGGGCAAAACCAAGCAGCCAGACUCUACCAACCCUGCGCCGGGUGGCACAGGGGCCAAGCGAAAAUACCGGCGGCAUCCCAAGCCCGACGAGCAUGCCCCAGAACGCCCGCCAUCGGCCUACGUCAUCUUCUCUAACCAGGUGCGAGAGUCACUAAAGGGACAAGAUCUUUCCUUCACUGAGAUCGCCAAGGUGGUAGGCGAGAAAUGGCAAGUGUUGCCCGCCGAGGAACGCGAAGGUUGCGAACGACAGGCCAAUGGUGCGAAAGAGAAGUACUACGCGGAGUUAGCUGAGUACAAGAAGACGCCAAAUUAUGAGGCCUAUCAAAAGUAUCUCGAAGACUUCAAGGCGAAACACUCAGUGCCCACCAAAGAAGGCAAACGUUCGAAGCUAGAAUCCGAGCCCAGCACUUCAGCACGAGGCAGCUACGAACAGAACGAUCAAGCCACAAACCGAAGAUUAAGUACUAUCCAGUCAGACGCCCAGACAACAGUACAGCAGAAAUCCGAUCCAGCCCAGCCCGUUGGCCCUUCACGACUCCCUGCCGGUCCAGUCUAUUCCUCAAACUCAACGUCACCGGCUAACCGUUCCCUUUCUGGCUUCAACUCCCCGCGCUCAGGCGAGCAAUUCUCCCCUACUUCCGCGUCUCCACGUAUCAAUGGCUUGCAAAGAGACGGAGCCUUUGAUCCAUCCGCGCCCAACCCUAUUCGGGACCCAAGGAUUCCUUUCGAUGCCAACCCAUAUCAUCAACCUUCUGCGUACAACCUGGAUCUUCACCAGAAAAUCACAUCUACAGCACCGCCUUCUUAUCCCCAUUCAACCCACUAUCAAGCGCCUAUCGAUAUGCUUUCUCGCAGGACUCCGCGAGAACCUGCGCGUCUUCCUCCUCUCAGCCACGAGGACACGACACUAUCAUCCGAGAGCGGUCACAGCACCCAAGGGUCUACGGGAUAUCCUUUCACAGUUUAUUCGGCGCAGACAUUACCUGUAGACCCAAGCAAGACGAUGCGCAUGCUUCCCAACCAACCAUCGCCCGUACAUGUCCAUGUGGUGUAUGACCGAUUAGUCACUACGUUCGCACCACACACAGUUCGUGCCAACCGCAUAAGUGUUCCUUGUGCAAGCCUGUGGCUUACCUGGUCAACCGCGGCACUUAUUCCCUCAGCGUUAAAAAGCCAAUACCUCAACUUGAAGCCUUUGAAGAAACUCGAUUUGCCUUAUCAUCCGACAUACGAUAAUGCUGCCUCAGAUCACAAUGUAAGCUUCGUUCAAUUCCUCGACAACCUCUUUAGCGAAGUACGGGGAAUCGACUUCGAUGAAGGUUUUGAGAAUCGCGGGACCUGGAGCCCGGAGAGUGGACAUGUGAUGAUGCCCCCAUUGAACGCUACAGAGAGUAACGAUGCAAUUCCUGUUCCAGUCUCGGUUGAGAAGCGCGUCAAAGAUCUGAAUCAAGCCAAAUGGGCAGUCAGAACUUCUACCCAUAGCGACACCCAUGUCAACUUUUCCGAGUUGGGUGACUUGCUGGCGAAAGACCACGGUCGCAAUGAAGCUAUCUAUACGCCGAGCGUUUUCGACGCCGUUGAGCUGUUGAAGUGGGAUCAUGAAGAGCUAUUGAAAGCUGUACAACAGUCAGGUCACCGUGAGGAGAUUCAUAACGUGGAGAUGUUUAUAUCUCAAAUGUUUCAUACAAUGCCCAAGGUCGCUGGACUCAGCUUACUACAAGACCGCGUGUUCCAUGUGUUAAUCGUCACUGCAAACACCUACCGGUCGCAUAGUCCCUCUGAGCUCUCUAAAUCCUUUACUGUUCAGCUACCGCUUGAUUAUGCAUCAUUUGGCGAUGUCAAGAUUGUGCAAGAGAGGAGUCGGAUGAAGACGAAAGGAUCCUCACAAUGCUACCAUUUCCCCUCCAUCGCAGGGUCUGGAUCAACACCUAAUGCAAAUCCGAAGCAGCACCAGGGGAAGAAGCUGACAGAAGGCACCUACGUCUCGUUGGAGAGGCUCAUUGGCGCUCCGAGAGGAGCAGGCAUCGGUGAAGAUGUUGCGCAACAGGCAAAGUCUGCCCACAGCGACCGUCAUCGUUGGGAUAUGAUGACUUUGAGUACGGCGGGAGGCAUGACACGUAAGGCUCCGAAGGGUGUCCAGCAAAAGGAAACACUGGAAGCGAUUGCGAUGGACGUGGAGUAUGUCCUUACGCAUAUCGCGGAUCAGAGACGGAAGCGUACAACUUGA